AUAACCAACAUGCCCAGACUAGAACUAUAUUCUCCCGAGGGAUUGCGGGUGGACGGCCGUCGAUGGAAUGAGCUUCGGCGGUUCGAGUGUAAGAUCAAUACACAUCCCAACUCGUCCGAUGGCUCGUCGUACGUGGAGCAAGGAAACUCUAAAAUCAUAUGUAUGGUGCAAGGACCUAUGGAACCCAAACUAAGAUCACAAAUGGACGUCAACAAGGCCAACAUUGAGGUGAGUAUUUCCAUCGCACAUUUCUCGACGUUCCACCGGAAGAAGCGUCUGAAGAACGAGAAGCGGAUAGUCGAGUUGAAAACUGCCAUAGAAAAUACUUUUGAGAACAGUAUCAUUAGUCAUUUGUACCCUCGAACGUUCAUCCAAAUAAACAUCCAGGUGUUGGCACAGGACGGAGGGCUCCUUGCUGGCAUGGCAAAUGCCGCCACCUUGGCACUAAUAGACGCAGGGAUUGCCAUGUACGACUACGUUUCGUGUGUUUCUGCUGGGCUUUACGACCAGUACCCACUUCUCGACCUAAACACCCUCGAGGAGAACGACAUGAGCUACUUGACGAUAGGGGUGAUAGGAAAGUCGGAAAAGUUGGCAUUAUUGAUGCUUGAAAACAAGAUGCCAUUGGAUAAGUUGGAACCAGUGUUAGGAUUAGCAAUAGCAGGAGGCCACCGGGUGCGGGAGUUGAUGGACGAAGAGGUACGGCUGCACGGGAAGCAUAGGUCGCAGAGACAGUAGAGAAUAUAUGAUAAUGGUGAA